AUGGGCAAUCAGGAAACCGAGGGGUCCUCUGUCCCCACACAAGACGGCUCAUCCGAGUCUCCCCAAGUUCAAGCGACUAUCAAGGCUCUCUCUUUGAUUCCUCACAUGGAGGGCGGCUACUUUGCCGUCACCGACGUCUCGUCCAUGAAGAUGCCCAGUCCAUAUCCUGCCGAGCCCCUCUCUGAACGUACCAUUGCUCUCGCGGGUGGCCUUCCGGCGGACUAUGAUCCAGCCCUCCGCCGUCUCUCGACCACCAUUUUCUACUAUCUGACUCCGACGCGCCCCACGGGAUCCUUUCACCGUAACCGAAGCCGCAUCAUUCAUACCUGGCACCGGGGCAGGGGUCGCUACGUCCUCAUUCAUCCCGACGGCCGCAUCGAGACUUUCGUGGUCGGCCCUGACGUCGAGAAAGGGGAAAAGCUGCAGUGGAUUGUGGAGGGCGGCGUCUGGAAAGCGAGCCACUUGGUGGACCACGACGGACAAGGUCGUGGCGAGGCCACUGACGGAGAGGGUUUGCUCAUCACUGAAACUGUCGUACCAGGCUUCGAAUAUGCGGAUCACGAGUUUCUGUCUCAAGAGAAGCUUCAGCAGAUUCUCCCCGAGAAUCGUGCUAAGGAACUCGGUUGGCUGGUCAAGCAUUAG